AUAAAAUUUCAACACUCAAAUUCCAAUAAAUUACAUUUCACUUUUUUGAGAAAUAAGUCAAGAAAAAAGGUAUUAAUUCGAUGAGACUGAACGGGAUUAUUCAGUCCCUGGGAGCUUUAAGCUGUGGCUCUUUAGUUACCUAUCUUACCAUGCGUUUUAUUGAUCGUACAUCUUAUCUGAGUGGAGAUGGUGACGAAGGCGCCAAUGAAAUUAAGAGUAAAUGGAUAUACAAUUGGGAUCAACGUGGCCCAAAUGAGCAAAAGAAAAUGGUUCAUUCUUUAAGCCAAGAAAGCAAUCCAUCAAUGAGCAAGUCUGUGGCACGUCGACACAUUUUUUUAGUCCGUCAUGGUGAAUAUUCCGAUGAGCAUGAGCGACCUGGCUAUUUGACAGAUCGGGGACGGGCUCAAGCCGCUCGUACAGGACGUCGUCUAUCCGAGAUGGGUGUAUCAUGGGAUUAUGUGGUAGCUUCGACCAUGCCUCGUGCUAUGGAAACGGCUAUGAUUAUUCUGAAGCAAAUCAAUUUCGAUCCCCUCAAGCUAAAGCGUUGUGAUCUACUAUGUGAGGGCACACCAUAUCCUGCUGAUCCGCCUCAGAAUCGCAAUCCACGGCAUAUUCAGCAAGCCUAUCAACGUGAUGGACCACGUAUUGAGGCGGCAUUUCGUCGCUAUUUCUUUCGAGCACCAGCCGAUCAGGAGCAAGAUUCCUAUAUGCUAAUCAUAGGACAUGCUAAUGUUAUACGUUAUCUAGUCUUACGCGCCUUACAGUUGCCACCAGAAGCCUGGCUACGGCUCACUUUGCAUCAUGGUUCCAUUAGUUGGAUAACUGUAGCACCCUCGGGCCUGGUUUCGGUGCGCUCUUUGGGUGAUGCAGGCUUUAUGCCUAUCAAUGAGAUGACCCAUCGCAAGCCCAAGCAAACUAAUAAGCAAUAAAGAAUUUUUUGAAACGACUUUAGAGAAACAAAA